CUUCCCCGUCUUUUCACUCUUAGCUUCAAGUCGACAGCCUUGCAUUCCAGGUCCCCCACAUCCCUUGGUACUGCUGUCUGUGAUGCAAUCGUGAUUUUGGAGCUCGGCCAGCACAUGUUGUGGAGAAACUUCGCGCCCCCAAAGUCCCAGACCUGCUCUUUCACGUAUCCUCUCACUAUCGAGUUCAAGCACGGAGAGUCUCCUUACACAGUCACCGCAAGGUUAUCAGUCAAUAGGACUAGCUUGAUCACUUGACUCUGCAUGCUGCGACCCAAUUCCGACGUGCCGCACGUUCCAGUCGCCAGUGUCUCGACACCUCGGCGCAUGCGGACAGCCCUCCCACCUCGCGAUGAUAGCUAGGGACUUCAAGCGCGUCAUCCUCAUUGUAGGCCCCUUCUUGUUUCUCGUCUAUGUCGGUAUACGGUGUCUCGACUUCAGAGACUCUGCUUCGGGUUUCGAUACCUGGUUCGAUCACAUCUUCGCACCGAACUGGAGACAAGACGAUGAGCUGAAGCCGCACUCCCGGCCGGCUCCUUCGGCUGCGCCGACGGAGGUAAUACAACCUGUGGAAGGCGUGCCUGAACAUCUACCCACGUCGAAACAGACACAUCACGAGAUAUUCUCGACGUCGACCUUCAACAAGAAGUUCUUUGCCAUACGAUUCGGCGAUGAAGCGGCGAUCAACCCCAACAUUAUUCCACAUCCCACCAUUGAAGGCACCUUUGUCAUUGUAGCGCAAAAGCAGAAGACAAACCACGACGACUCUGAGCACGUGGAACUCGUUUGCAAUGCCACCUUCACGCUGGAAGGUCUCGUCUGCGUCGAUGCGCCCACGGUUCUACCCAUCGCAGCCACCAAGAGUGGCGAUGACAAGUGCCCACCAAAAUUGGCCUACAUCGCUAUGAACGUUGGGCCCCACGAUGCGCGAGUCUUGUACGGACCCAAAGCACCCUUCAUCGUAUUCGGUUCCAACUCAAUAUUCGCCUGCUUCGGACAAUUCAUGCAAGACUUCCGCACGCUCGGGGACUGGGGCUUCGAGAUGUCGUUGGACCAAGGUUUUGGUCUCGGAACGGAGCUUCAACGUCCUCCGCCGUGGGGUACGAUGGAAAAGAACUGGUUUCCAUUCUGGGACGAAGAGGGCGCAGUCUACGUCCACCAUGACGUGGCGCCGAAGCGCGUCUUUGCAAAAUUGAACACGGACGGCUCCGUAGGGCCGGAUCUUGCGCCGUUGGCUGCCGGUGACGAGGCUUGCAUGAGCAAGUACAUGCCGAAGCUGCCGCCAGAUCUCGAAUCGAUACAUCAGGCGACGAAUUCGCUGAGCAUUACGUUUUGCAAGCGCAGCGAUCCAACUUGUAGGGCCACUAGUGAUAACACCUUCCUCUUUACGGUGUUUCAACAUAAAACUUUCUAUCAAUUCCAUAGCGAGUACGAACCGUAUGUAAUGGUGUUCCGACAAAAGGCACUGUUUGAGGUGUUCGCCAUGUCGAAGCGACCGAUAUGGAUACACGGCCGGGAGGAAAGACUUGAUGGAGGGUCCGACAUGUUUUAUGUAACUUCCAUGAGCUGGAAGAGGCAAGAUCAGAGAUAUCACGGUUUCUUGGACGAUGUGCUGUUCCUCUCAUUUGGCAUAGAAGAUCAGAGGGCAGGCGCCAUUGAUGUCUUGGCUGAGGACCUAUUGGCUGAGCUCGGGACUUGUUUGGAAGCGUGAUGAAGUUGAUACCUUUUUAGCACAGCGAUUGAUUAAUUCGACAUCCCUAUGUGAAGUAGGAGCAAGAUACUGCGCCUGCAUUCUACAGGUUUUGCCAAUAUAUUUUGACUUGCUUGAAAGAA